CAGUAGCUCCCUUCGUUUAUUAACAGAAUAUAAAGAACGCUACAAAACCCUACUAACUUCACAUUGUUAAAAUUUAGCAUAGAAAGGCGCGGCGGAAAGCGGCAGCACCACCAACAGCAGUCAUGGGUAUUGAUUUGGUCGCCGGAGGUAAGAGCAAGAAGACCAAGCGCACCGCUCCAAAAUCCAAUGAUAUUUACCUCAAGCUUCUUGUCAAGCUGUAUCGAUUCCUCGUGAGGAGAACUGGAAGCAAGUUCAAUGCAGUGAUAUUGAAGAGGCUGUUCAUGAGCAAGGUUAACAAGGCCCCUCUUUCUCUCUCCCGACUCGUCACUUUCAUGAAGGGAAAGGAAGACAAGAUUGCGGUGCUUGUUGGGACUGUCACUGAUGAUAUUCGGGCUUAUGAAGUCCCUGCAAUGAAGGUAACAGCUUUGAGAUUCACAGAGAGAGCAAGGGCAAGAAUUGAGAAGGCAGGUGGAGAAUGCUUGACUUUUGAUCAGCUCGCUCUUAGAGCUCCUCUUGGGCAAAAUACGGUACUUCUUAGAGGACCCGUGAAGUCUCGCGAGGCAGUGAAGCACUUUGGUCCAGCUCCUGGUGUUCCACACAGCCACACCAAGCCGUAUGUGCGAGCCAAGGGUAGGAAGUUUGAGCGUGCAAGAGGUAGAAGAAACAGCAGAGGUUUUAAGGUCUAAAUUUCCACCGCUAGUUAUUACCAGGUCGAUGGCAGUUUUUUACAUUUUAUCAGAUUUCUAUGAAAGAUUUUGUCCUUCAAUGUGAUGCCCCAGUUCUUUUCUUGUGUUCUCUCAUCUUUUUUCUAUCUUGGAUUCAAUUUUUAUCACAUUUGGCUUUGUAUGCUUUUAAAUAUUUGAAGGAUAUAAAAUGUUCGAGCUUUUAGACU